AUGGACGACAUACCAUCCGAUUAUUUAUUGCAGGAUCAGGCCAACAUCUACCUGACCUCCUAUCCCGAUGGCAGUCCAAUCGAUAUUAAGACCGAGACCACCAACUACUUUAACAAUGCAUUGGACGCGCCACAACCAUCCCAUGUGCUGCCGCCACAACAGCAUCAGCAGCAGCAGCAGAGCCCAAUGUCAAGCUCGUCCUCAACUCCACUGCUUCCAUCUGGUCCAGCCAACACCAAUACCUCCUACAACAGCAGUGGAAUUGAGCUGCAGCAACAGCAACAACAACAAGAACACUUCUUAAAUCUGUUGUCUCAGAUCCAACAGAAUCAGCCUUCAUAUCAACAACAACACAGCCACCAUCACCAUGAUUUGGUCAACACAAUGCCAGCGCAAGCCACCGUGACGCCACCCCAUGUAUCAUUCAGCGGCCAGCAAUACCACGUCAACGUUGGCGCAAGCACCAUGUCAACAUUACCAAUGGACACGUCUUCUUCCAACAACCUUGUCCAACAACAGCCCUGUAAUAUAUACACUCACUCACAACCAAUUGUACAGUCAAUCCAACAACAACAAUCAUCGCAACAACAUCCACAAAUGUUUUCCAACAAUAGCAUCAAGUUGGCCGAAGCCUCGCUUUCGUCCUCCAACCUCGCCAACACAUUGGCCAAGUCGUCGAUUAAUUCCCCGCCCACAUCUCCAACCAGACGCAACUCCAAGACCAAGUCCACUGGCAUCUACCAUCACCAGCAGCAGAGCACCGAGAUGGUACACCAGUCGGCCAUCCCUCCAUUCAACUUGUCGGCCUCGCCCAACUCGUCCCCUCCACACACCCCGUUGACCCCGCCACCUUUGCCCGCGCCCCAGAUGAACAAGCACUUGGUGCGCCGUGUGAUGCCUGCCGCACCAACCGGACCAUCGGUCAUCUCCAUCAUUGGCCAGCUCCGGCCUGCAGACCUACAUCAACAACCCCAACAACAGCUCGUUGAUGAGCAUCCCAGCCCGGCAUGUUGCCAUACAUGGGCCACAAUGGAAUGUAUGACCUGA